AUGGUAGUCAGCCUGGUCGCGCUGCUGUCGCUCUCGCACAUCCUCGGAACAGGCAGCGAUGCAGUGCUCCGCGCCGCCGCUGCGUGCCUACCCGCGGAAGCACUGGCCGCCAUCUACGCCGCAGCGGUCCGCAACAGCGCCGGCCGCCGCGUCUGCCGCGCCAUCGACGCCGAGGCGCCGUUCGACGUGCCCGCCGGCCUGCGCCCAGAUUCAAACGAUCCGCAGCGCUGGACCGUGGUGGCGCGGAACGACGCAGAAGUCUGGCAGCUGACUUGCUGCGACAAGAACUUCUUCGUUUCCUUUGACCCCUGCCGCCGGCUUCUCAAUGCAAUCUCGAUCUGCGACUUCAAUUGCUGGCCUGACAGGCAUCCCACGCUGGAAAUGAUGAUGGCGGCCGCCGACCCUGACGCGAGGCCCGCUCUCGCGGCGGCGUGCACCAUCAUCCGCCGUGUCUACCCCGCUGUGGACCCAAAGGCUGUGCGGGUGUACUGGGAGGGCGAGGACCAGCCGGCGCCCCUGGCUGCGAGUGUGCGGGCCCUGCUGGUUGGCGAGUGA